AUGGGGUUCUUAAAGUGGCUUAAGAAGCUCUUCGGCCGCUGCUUCAGUUGCUGUUCGGACGGAGACGAAGGGAAACAGUCUCCUUCAGAACUUAGGCUGGCGAAUGAGCAGAGUCCCGGCGAUGUGACCCAACUACUUAGCUCCGAAUUGGACCAGGAGGUCCAGAGCGGUCUGGGCGAGGGGCAGGAACCGGACUGGGAGCUCCUGGGCGAGGGGCAGGAACCGGACUGGAAGUUCCAGGGCGAGCCCUGGACCGAGCUGGAACCGGACUGGGAGCUCCAGGGCGAGGGGCUGGAACCAGACUGGGAGCUCCAGGGCGAGGGGCAGGAACCAGACUGUGAGUUCCAGGGCGAGGGGCUGGAACCAGACUGUGAGUUCCAGGGCGAGGGACUGGAACCAGACUGUGAGUUCCAGGGCGAGGGGCUGGAACCAGACUGUGAGUUCCAGGGCGAGGGGCUGGAGCCAGACUGUGAGUUCCAGGGCGAGGGGCUGGAACCGGACUGGGAGCUCCAGGGCGAGGGGCUGGAACCAGACUGUGAGUCCCAGGGCGAGGGGCUGGAGCCAGACUGUGAGUCCCAGGGCGAGGGGCUGGAGCCAGACUGUGAGUUCCAGGGCGAAGGGCUGGAACCGGACUGGGAGCUCCAGGGCGAGGGGCUGGAACCAGACUGUGAGUUCCAGGGCGAGGGGCUGGAACCAGACUGGGAGCUCCAGGGCGAGGGGCUGGAACCAGACUGUGAGUUCCAGGGCGAGGGGCUGGAACCAUUCUGUGAGUUCCAGGGCGAGGGGCUGGAACCAGACUGUGAGUUCCAGGGCGAGGGGCAGGAACCAGACUGUGAGUUCCAGGGCGAGGGGCUGGAACCAGACUGGGAGCUCCAGGGCGAGGGGCUGGAACCAGACUGUGAGUUCCAGGGCGAGGGGCUGGAACCAUUCUGUGAGUUCCAGGGCGAGGGGCUGGAACCAGACUGUGAGUUCCAGGGCGAGGGGCAGGAACCAGACUGUGAGUUCCAGGGCGAGGGGCUGGAACCAGACUGGGAGCUCCAGGGCGAGGGGCUGGAACCAGACUGUGAGUUCCAGGGCGAGGGGCUGGAACCAGACUGUGAGUUCCAGGGCGAGGGGCUGGAACCAGACUGUGAGUUCCAGGGCGAGGGGCUGGAACCAGACUGGGAGCUCCAGGGCGAGGGGCUGGAACCAGACUGUGAGUUCCAGGGCGAGGGGCUGGAACCAGACUGUGAGUUCCAGGGCGAGGGGCUGGAACCGGACUGGGAGCUCCAGGGCGAGGGGCUGGAACCAGACUGUGAGUUCCAGGGCGAGGGGCUGGAACCAGACUGUGAGUUCCAGGGCGAGGGGCAGGAACCAGACUGGGAGCUCCAGGGCGAGGGGCUGGAACCAGACUGUGAGUUCCAGGGCGAAGGGCAGGAACCGGACUGGGAGCUCCAGGGCGAGGGGCUGGAACCAGACUGUGAGCUCCAGGGCGAGGGGCUGGAACCAGACUGGGAGCUCCAGGGCGAGGGGCUGGAACCAGACCGGGAGGGCCAGGGCGAGGGGCUGGAACCAGACCGGGAGGGCCAGGGCGAGGUACUGGAGCCGGACCGGGUGGACCAGAGCGGUCCGGGCGAAGCGGCGCCGCUCGGGGUGUCAGGACCCGAGUAG